AUGGCUAAUCGAACAGGAGCGUGUCAGCGCUGCCACUAUCGCAAGGUGCGGUGCGAUAGGACAAGGCCCUCAUGCGGCGUUUGCGCUCGGGUCAGUGCUGAGUGCGAGUACGCACCGAGAGAACACCAGAUCCAGCUUCGGCGCCACGAUGUCGAGAGGCUAGAGCAGCGCCUUCGCCAACUUCAACAAGAAAACGACUCGCUGAAUGCCCGCCUAGACAGUGUGCAGAAAACGCACGCGGAGUUGCGCCCCGAUGAACUGGCGUCUUCGCCCGCCCAGCCCUCCUCGGCAAGGGGUCGCCCUCCCACAUCGACGGCUUCCAUCGUCAACUUUGGGCUUCACCAGAGCCAGCCAGAUCCCGAAACGACUACUGGGCAUCACGAGGUUGCGAACCAGGUCAUCCAUCUUUCUCUCAGCGCCGGCGGAGCCCGCAACUUUGUUGGCUCCACGAGCGGGCUGUUCCUCGCCAACCUCCUUCAGCCCCAAGGGCAGCCUUCGACAUCGCUGCCCCAGAGUGGACAUGCCUCCAAUGUAGUCUCGGCUCAAAGAGGUCAAAUGACGAUCACCUCGGCGUUGCCACCAAAGAGCCUCGCUACCCAAAUCCUCUCUGCAUAUUGCAACCAAAAUAGGAUGCAGUAUCCUUUUCUGGACCCAACAACACUAUGGCGCGCCUUUGAAAAUGUGUACUCCAGCGAGGAGGAGCAAAAUGGCAACACGUGCAGGCCGAGAGACGCAUUCAUUGUCAAUAUGACGCUGGCCAUUGGAACUUCCCAGGUGUCCAAGCUUAACUGGAGCGGCAUGUGGGACGCCGAGAGCUCCUACAACCGCGCCGCAGUUAAUCUAGGGGAGGUGCUCUCUCCAGGAGGCAUACCAGCUCUUCAAGCGCUCCUGCUGGUGUGCCAAUAUCGCAUGGGCACUCCCUCACACGAUAAUACGGCUAGCGUCUGGCACCUCGUCGGUGUUGCCGCCAGGAUGUGCUUUGAGCUCGGUUUACACAAGGCGUCGACGUAUGUGGUGUCUACAGAUGCUGCCCCGGCCACAGACCCCGAAGAAGAGGCCCGAAUCAAGGAAUCGGACAUCAAGCGACGCUGCUUCUGGAGCGUCGUUGCCAUGGACCGCACGGCUAGUCUUGUCCUUGGGAGACCUAUGGCCAUCCAGUUGGAUGAUGUAGAUGCGGAACUUCCCCAAGUCGAGGCAUCCAGUCCCCAGAGUGCACCUUCUGUUGUCAUAUCAGAUCAUCAGCUCACGACUUCCAUCUUCGUUCACAUAGUCCGAUACAGACUCAUCUGUGGAAAGAUCCUGAAUGCACUACACCGAACAACGACCACCAUUAGGGCUCCUGCGCAGGACUACGAGGCCACCAGGGACGAGCUUGCCACGGAACUCCUGGAGUGGCAUCGUGGCACCUCGAUGAUUCCCCUCGGCCACAUGGGGACGGAAUCUCCAUCUCCAUCUGAAGGAUCGAGCUUCCGUUGUCAGGAAUGGUACGAUCUGCUGUACCACAACGGGAUGCUGAUGCUGUUCCGCCCAUCACCCUGCCUUUGCGACACCUCCCGGAACAGUGCCGCGCUACAACAUGUGCAUGAUUCCUCCCAGACCGCCUUACUGCUCUAUGCAGACCUCCACAGGACUGGUCGGAUCAACUACUCUUGGGUCACUCUGCAUUCAGUGUUCAUCGCCGGUCUUUCGUACAUCUACGCGCUCCGCAACCACCUCCAGCACUCCCAGAAUCGGCAGCAGAACGACAACGCACCCAGAGCGAAUCUGAGCGCCAACCCCACCAUUGGUCAGGUUGUAAAUACGACUCGAGCCUGCUCCAAGGUGCUGGUUGCCGUAUCGGAGAGGUGGGCGGUAGCCAGAAACUGCUCCGAAGUCUUCGACAAGCUCAGCGAUGCGGUUGUUGCUGAUGUCGUCGAGUCGCAAAUGGCCAACGCCACGUCGACGCAGCAACUCAGUUUCACGCGGACAAGAAGCCAUGGUGAACCUCCCAGCGCAUUCUCCCAGCCGGGCACGGCAGAGCAUGUGUCCGAGGAGUCUACAAUGACAGGGCUUUUCAACAUGUCGGUGGACAGCACGCUCCGGGACUGUUUUGGAGAUUUGCAGAACAUAUGCUACGACCAGUAUCACAGCGACGCAAUAGUGCAACUGUCCCAGGAUUGGCUGGUAGAUCUGGCCAAUGCCCCCGGGCAGGAAUUCUAG